AUGGCUCAAGCGACGACGGCGACAGUGGAAGGAACAGCACUUGGAGUGCAAAGAGCACUCUUGCCACGAUACUCUUGUGGACACUCUCGCGAGACACUGCUGCUCCAGUUGACUGAUACAUCCGUGGUCGGCGUUAAGGUCCUACGAAGGCCACUUUUAGAGAAGGCAGCACUGUCCCUGCUACGAUUGGCGUCCUGGUCAGUGGUGACUGUCUGGAAUCGGGCGCCUUCCUUGCUGGAUGAUGAAAGCACUGGUGCUGUGGCUGUGGCAGUGUCGCCCCAAUGUGCAUACGCCUUGGCGUCGCUGUCGCAAGAAAUCCACGAUGAGUUGAUGGCCACGGAGCUGGCGGAAGCUCAGCAAGCGGACCUGGAACUCAUGUCACAACUGCGCCGGGUCGUCCUGGAGUUCCUAGGACAGGCCGGGCUGCGGCGCCGGCACCGCCGCAAGGCGCCCCCCGUUCCGAACGAUGCCUUCGAUGCCGCGGCCUUGCAGAUGGUGGCGACGCCAUCACCCAAGAAGCGCGACCGGGAGCCCGAUCUCGAGGACGCUUCGCCAGGACCGAGUCGCAAGGUGCAGCGUCCAGGUGACCAGCUGGUUUCGGAGCCGGAGCCCAGCAAGAAGCUGGAGGAAGCCGACAAAACACAGGGAGUGGACCAACUCCUAGAAUUGCUUCUGAAAGAUUAUGGAGCCUCGUCUCUUGCUACAUCCCUCGCCGAUCGCGCGGAGAAGUGUAUGGAAACCAUCGCCUGGGCGGCCUCCAAGGGCAUUCUGCCAGAGGCAGUGGAAGCCAAGGAGGCGUUGCAAGCGCAGCAAACGCUGGAGGACUUCCUACAGUACCUCCGGCGCCUGCUGCAGCACCCGGAGGGGCCCGCCUCGGCGGCCUGGCAGAUGCCGCGCUUCGUCAAAGGGCUCUGCGACAGCGGAGGAUGGGCCGAUGCCUGGCGCUUUAGCCUGGCCAAGGUCUUGGACUUGGUGGUGCAUCCGUUGAUGGCACCGCAUUCGGCCACGGCCUUGUGGGCACAGGUGGUGGGCGACAGAUCUCAGUGUCCCAAGCGCAUGGCCGCCGUGGGAUCCCUGGCGAAAGAGCUGGAGAUUGUGUUGACCUUCGCAGACCAGGAUCGAUGUGCCAAUUGA